AUGGAAUCGCCAAAAGAAGAUUGGAAAAAAUGCAAAAUUAAGAAAAUUAUAGAACAAGCAGAAUCAUACGAACAAGCAGUUGAUAAAGUUGCAAUGGCUCUAGAGUUUUCUGAUAUAGAAACUAUUACUCCGGAAGAGUAUAAAAAAAGUAGGCAUAUACGAGCUAAAGUCCAGCAUUCAGAUGAUUACAAUUCUGAUUCUACUGAUGAGUUGCCAGUCAAAAAACGCAAUACUUCUGAAGUAUUGCCAUCAUUCCCAAUCGCACCCAAUAAAGAAACGCCAAAAUCGAAAAGUCCAAAGUAUGGCAGCAUUAUGUGUAAAGACAAAAAAUCUGAUUUUGUAAAAAAUAUGAGCCGACAAGAUUCUCAACUUAAUUCACCAACACAGAAAAAAAGCGAAAAAGACGAUAAUGCACUCGUAAAAAACAAAAAUUCCGAACAAAAUAUUGAUCUUGAAAAUAUACCAUCGAUAUCGUCAAUGCGAAAACCGGAUUUAUUGAAGAAGAUGUUUAAAAAAAUUGAGGAACAACCAGAUAAACCUGUUCAAAUUGCUUAUUUGGAGGAAAUUCUAUUUCUUCAGCACAAGAUUUUACUACAGCUUGAAGAAUUGAAAAAAAACAGACUGUCCGAGAAUGUAAGACAGGAAUCAUUAUUGACUGAUGUAACAGUAGACAUUUGUAAAUAUGCAGAAAGUCUAUCGUUAAAAAAUGAGAAAGAUAUAAAGAAAAUGGAAAAAGAACUUUAAAAGAAAGAGUUUCAUACAAAAUAGGUAUGAUAUAAAUGAAACUUUUUUUACAUUAAUCAAUAUUAUUUGGACGUUCUAAUUGUAUAAAAAUAAGAAAUUGCGUUGGCGCAGUUUUCUAAGUAUAAGUGACCAUUUUUUAAAAGUAGCUUUACACAGGCUUUCUUUCUGUAAUUGUUUAUAGAGUUAAAAUUUUGAAAUUAUAUCUGGUAAUUUAAAUAUGUUCGUGCAAAUUAUUACAUUUUUCGCAUAAAAUAAUUUGUAUUUUAAAUAAUCAUAUCACGAAUAACUUUAAACAGAACCUUAAACAGAAAUCUAUAAGUAUUACUUGCAAUAUAACUCGUAAUAAAUAUCAUUGUCUACAAAUAAAAUAAUACAAUUAUUUAUAAGCUGUUACAGAAACAACGUUCCGAAUUAAUGUUUGUUUUUAAGACAACAAGAAGAGGUUCCAAACAGAACGUAAUAAUACCAAAAUAAGUCUUACCCUUUAUUAAAAUAAAUUAUAUACGAAAAAAAUGUUAUUAGUACAUCACAUCGCAUCUCAUCUCAUAAUUUAUAAAAUU